AGAUUUACCAAUCCCUUCCAAGUGCAGGCUGGGUUCGAACCCUAAGUCACCGGCACCAACCUCUGGAGCCAAUUGGCAGCAACUUCAUCUGCAACAAUGAGGGAAAGGAAAUUGAAGCAUCUUGGAAACUAGCAAUUACAGAAUAAAUUACAACAGGUGAUUGGCAACGAUCAUUUAUAAUUUCAAUGUGGUAAUUGAGAUGGUUGUGAGAAGAUCGGAAGUCUGCAGGAAUACAGGAGGCAAGGAAGUGACAGUUAUAACCAAAGAAUAAGGAAAAGGUUAAUGAGGUAAAGGGGGCAAAGCAACAAUUAUAACCAAAGAGACAGGGUUCCUGCAUCUAAUGUCAUUCAACACAUUUAAGUGACAGAAUGCAUCAAAGUUAAAACCUCCGACUAUAAUUGCAUGAAGUGUGAAUAUUGGGGCAACAUAUUGCUGCAGAUCAGGAUUAACAUAUGGCAAAAUUGCAAAUCCUUGAGACGAACAACUUCUACCAAAAGAAAAUUAACAAAAGAAUAGCUAAGGAUCUUUGAGAUGAAAUCAUUAAAACAAUAGCUAAUUCUCCGGGCUAAAGAAAGUCCAUAUGGACCUGAGGUGCGGAAGCAAUGAUAAGUAAGGCAAUGAAAAGGGUAAUUGAGAAACAGUGGUGUACUCCAAAAAAUGCAGUAACAUCCGGACAAGAAUUUCAAAUUGCAGAAUUAGUGUAAUGACAAUUAAACUGUAUAUGAGGGUGCCGACUAGUCAAGUUUGUAAAGUCUCAAAGUGUUGUUAUAGGAUAUCCUGGGUUUAAUCCUUCCCUAAAUCCAAUAUUUCGGUAGCCUUCAACCUGUCCUAGUUCUAUAAAGUUGAUAUUAAUAAAAUCGCGAUAGGGAUAGCUAGCACUAUGAGCAAGAAAUCUCAUGGAAGUUUUGAAGCUGAAGCAAGUAAUUAGAAUUAGAGAAAGAAGUCGAUCACUUUAAACUGACUGUGAAGCUCAACUUUGAUGAACCUCUCAACCAAAUACUACUCUAGGUGUUGCUGGCUACCUUAUUAGAGAUCACAUCGGUUCUCCUGUUCAUGCCAGAUUCAGCUUCAUUCAAUCCCGAUCGAUUAUGGCAGUCAAACUGGAUGCUUCUUGCGGAGGAAUUCGGGCGGCCGCUGAAGAACUUAGUUGCAGUCACCUUUGGAUUGAAAGUGAUUAAACUGUUUACGGAUUUGUAAAAGAAACCUGAUGCCUCUGCGGGACAUAGUUCUUCUGACUCAAGGCUUAGAGUGUUGCUCUGUUAUGCAUUUUUACAGAGGCCAACCAAAGCCUACAAACCAACAAAAUCUGGUAGCUGGUCUCACAACUUCCCUCAUCCUCUUCUGGCCCUCGCCAGAAUUGGUAGUGUGCUUGCAAUGUAACUCAGUAAAAUUAAAAAGGUGCUGCCCAUGAAAGAAGGAACAAGAACUCCAAGUUCAGAAACAGAGAAACAAGCAACGAGGAAAGAUUCUGGUUGUGGCUUCUUGCUAUGUCCUUUGUUGCGGCUGCUGUCUGAAGCAGAGAUAGAACAAAAAGGAUUAAGAACAGGAAUGCACUUUGCGGCUGCCGUGGCUCCUUCACUCGAGCACGUAAUAGUAGCUCCCUCCUUACUAUAAGAAAACUUGAAACAGAAAACACGUCACCCACAAGCACCCUCAGGGCUUUGCCGACAGAUCGUUUGAUUCCCCACCAGGAAUCAAUGCUUUGUUCUCUUUUCCAUCCUACGUAAACAAAUAGCUCGAGACCUUUCUCUAAACCCUCAAAAUUUCGAGUUCUAGGAAGGCCAAGUGCCUUACGACACAGCUUCUCCAUGACAGAAACUGAAUUACCCUACCAUGAAGGCAGAGCUUGCCUUCAACAAAGGGAAAGGAAGGCCCAUUUUAGUCGGUAUUCCUUUCUUUCGCCCGGCUCCCGGGCAUCGCAAUCAGCAACAACUUUGCUUCCGAAUCAGGCUUCAGUUUCUUGCAAGAGGUUGCUAAGUUGCGGAGGCAAAGCAGAAGCGAAAGAGAAGGGCAGGGUGGCAAAGCAGAAGCGAAAGAGAAAGGCAGGGGCUUGGGAUCAUGGACCUGGCGGUGCUAGCAGUCGCUCGGUGCCCCUGAUACUUAUGCCCAUCCCAUCGACAGCGACGACGGUCUAAUCCCGUUCUCGAAGCCGACUGCGAUAACCAUCAACAAGAGCAUUUGAACCAGAUGCUUUCCAAAGGCGUGCUGCCACGAUAAGAGAUCGAUCCGCGACUGCAACUUCCUCGAAAAGACAAUACUGCUGCUCCUGUUGCCUUCGCUGACGAGAAGACGCGGCAAGUUACAUCAAAGAGAGCGGCCAGGGGCAACGACGAUGAGUUACCGCGAGGAUUACCAACUCAAGGACCCGAACCCACUGUUUGGAGAAGGAUGGCCCCUGGGAGGAACCGGAGGUGGUGGGGUCAAUGGGUGGCUGAGCGGCGACAAGUUCGCGAGCACAUACGACCUCGUGGAGCAGAUGUACUACCUCUACGUGCGGGUCGUCAAGGCCAAGGGUCUCCCGCUCAACCCCAUCACCAUUAGCUGCGACCCCUACGUGGAGGUGAAGCUCGGCAACUACAAGGGCACGACCGCGCACCUGGACAGGAAGAGCAACCCCGAGUGGCAGCAGGUGUUCGCCUUCUCCAAGGAGCGCAUCCAGUCCUCGACGCUGGAGGUGUUCGUCAAGGACAAGGAGAUGGUGGGCAGAGAUGACUACGUGGGGAGGGUGGUGUUCGACCUCAAUGAGGUGCCCACCAGGGUGCCCCCUGACAGCCCGCUCGCCCCCCAGUGGUAUCGGCUGGAGGACCGCCGCGGGGAAGGGAAGAUGAGGGGGGAGAUCAUGCUCGCCGUCUGGAUCGGGACGCAGGCCGACGAGGCCUUCCCGGAGGCGUGGCACUCCGACGCGGCCUCCGUCCACGGGGAGGGAGUGACCAGCAUCCGGUCCAAAGUCUACGUCUCCCCCAAGCUCUGGUACCUCCGAGUAAAUGUCAUCGAAGCCCAGGAUGUCCGACCGAACGCCAGGGGCCGGACGCCGGAGGCCUUCGUCAAGGCCCAGGUCGGGAACCAGCUGCUCAAGACGAAGGUCUGCUCGGCGGCCACCCUCAACCCGCUCUGGAAUGAGGACCUCAUUUUCGUGGCGGCGGAGCCGUUCGAAGAACCGCUGGUCCUGACCGUGGAGGACCGGGAGAGUCCGAGAAAGGACGCGGUGCUCGGGAGAGCCUCGCUGCCGCUGACACUGUUCGAGAAGAGGCUGGAUCACCGGCCCUUCGUGCAGUCGCGCUGGUUCGACCUGGAGAAGUUCGGCUUCGGGGUCCUGGAAGGCGAGACGAGGAGGGAGCUUCGGUUCGCAAGCAGGAUCCACCUCCGCGUCUGCCUCGAGGGAGCCUACCAUGUCUUGGACGAGUCGACCAUGUACAUCAGCGAUCAGCGCCCCACAGCGCGCCAGCUCUGGAAGCCGCCCAUCGGGAUUCUGGAGGUCGGCAUCCUCGGUGCGAAGGGACUGCUCCCGAUGAAGAUGAAGGACGGCCAAGGAGCCACCGACGCCUACUGCGUCGCCAAGUACGGGCAGAAAUGGGUGCGGACCAGAACCAUCGUCGGCGCCUUCAGUCCGAAAUGGAACGAGCAGUACACUUGGGAGGUGUUCGACCCGUGCACGGUGAUCACCAUCGGGGUGUUCGACAACUGCCACCUGGGCGGCGGCGAGGGGCACGCGAGAGAUACGAGGAUAGGGAAGGUCCGGAUCCGGCUCUCGGCACUGGAGACCGACCGAGUGUACACGCAUUCGUAUCCUCUCGUCGCGCUCCAGCCGUCGGGGGUGAGGAAGAUGGGGGAGCUGCAGCUGGCGGUGCGCUUCACCUGCCUGUCGCUUGUAAACAUGAUCUACCUCUACGGCCACCCGCUGCUGCCCAAGAUGCACUACCUGCACCCCUUCACCGUCAACCAGUUGGACAGCCUGAGGUACCAGGCGAUGAGCAUCGUCGCGGCGAGGCUGGGUCGGGCGGAGCCGCCGCUCAGGAAGGAGGUGGUCGAGUGCAUGCUGGACGUGGAGUCUCACAUGUGGAGCAUGAGGAGGAGCAAGGCCAACUUCUUCAGGAUCAUGUCGCUGCUCUCGGGGAUCAUUGGCAUGUUCAAAUGGUUUGGCGACGUCCGCCACUGGAAGAACCCGAUCACCACGGUGCUCGUCCAUCUGCUGCUGCUGCUGCUGAUCGGGUAUCCGGAGCUGAUACUGCCCACGGUGUUUCUGUACAUGUCCGUCAUUGGGUUAUGGAACUACAGAUUCAGGCCUAGGCACCCGCCUCAUAUGGAUACAAAGCUCUCGUGGGCGGAGGCCGUCCACCCGGACGAGCUCGACGAGGAGUUCGACACCUUUCCGACAUCAAAGCCGCAGGAUCUCGUUCAGAUGAGGUAUGAUCGGCUUCGGAGUGUGGCGGGGAGGAUACAGACGGUGGUCGGAGACAUGGCGACGCAGGGGGAGAGGCUGCAGUCUCUGUUGAGCUGGAGAGAUCCGAGGGCUACUUUCCUCUUCAUCCUGUUCAGCCUUUGUGCAGCCCUGGUGCUGUACGUGGCUCCCUUCAGGGUGGUGGCUUUAGCAGCAGGCCUCUAUGCACUUCGCCACCCCAGGUUCCGAAGCAAGAUGCCGUCCGCUCCAAGCAAUUUCUUCAGGAGAUUGCCAUCCCAAAUUGACAGCAUGCUCUGAUACAGAACAUCAAAAUGCCCAAGUCUCUGCUUGUGAUUGUUUUUUUCCCCGUUUGUUGCUGAAUUAUAUUGUUUCCUUUGGAUUCUACGACGUCUGAUGUUUUCCUUUCAACCUUCCAUUGUUUCCAAAAUAAGCGAUGAGAACUCCGCUUUCCAAGCUCUUAACCUUAAGAGAUUGAUGUUUACUUUGAUUCAUUUGUUUUGUAAUAAUAUGUUUCGUGGCUUAUUCAUAGCA